AUGGGUGGUUCAUCAUACAUUGCAGUAUGUGGUGCAGCAUUGCUAUGGAUGGUCUUAGCCCAGUCAGAGGUGCAGGAGGUGUGCGACAUGAUGAAACAAGCACUCACAUCAGCAGUUUUAAGCUAUAGAAACAGACUCUAUAAAAGUGGUGAACAAGAAAAGAUGUGGAGUUCAUCUACCGAGAAGAACCCAGGUCGACGUUUCAUCCGGUGCCCUAAUUCUCUGGAUCCUUCAAAAGACUGUGAGUUUUUUGUAUGGAUGGAUGAGGAUUUACCUUUUCAGUGGUAUAAGAAUAAAGUUGUUGAGUUGCACAAGGAAAAUAUUGAUUUGUACAAGGAUAAUAUGAUUUUGUCUAAGGAGAAUAGGGAGCUGGAGAUGGAGAACAAGGACAUGCAGAAGAAACUAAUGAAUCUUGAGUUGUUCGAAAAAAAGAAGCGUACUGAUUUAUUCAAGGUCAAGGUUAUGUUGUUUUCCAUUCUUCUAGUUUUCAUUUUCAUUUGGUUCUUAAUGGUGUAA